AUGGCUUAACCCAGCCUCGAGCCCGCUAGCCUGGAGAGCAUGUCUGAGUCUCAUGGUUCUUGGCCUACACGUGGUAUUGCCCUUCCUGUUGGCCUUCGCUUGCCUGGGAGAGGUGGGGCUCGGCCGACGGCCCGCCUGCGUGGGCGCCCUGAUACUGCUCUCGGGGAUCCUAUUCGUGGCGUCAGGCCUCGGACAACUGGAAAUACCAUCAUCGUCAAUAGCAGAAGCAGCAGCACAAGCGGGGCGGCCACCGGUGUUUUCCCUUGAGGCUGGCCUGGCGAGGGUGGGGGUAGUGGGAGUGGCAUCGCUUGCCCUUCUCAGCGGCUUCGGCGCUGUCAAUCUCCCAUAUCAGCAGCUGGCGACGCUCCUGCGUACAGUGCCCCACAGUGUCGUCAAGUCGCGGGAGAGGAGAGCACGCCUCACGCUCAAGGACAUCGGGCAACGGAAACGCCGAGCAGCGAUAGCCUCUUCCUCUUACGCCGUGCGAGGCGGAAACGGGGCAGGAGCCACUCCCGGCGGCAACGGUUUCGGUUACGGGGGAUCAGCGGCAGCAGCGAGGGCGGUAGACUCAUCAUCGCAACGCGGUGGUCUGUUCUCCAGGGUGAUUCGGGCGUUAACGGUAGUGGUUCCCGGGUUUUCUUCUACUUCCUCGGGGAACGCGGCCUUUUUCUCGUCUGCUGCACAGGCUGCGGCGGAGGCCCAGGCGACGGCAAGCCUGGAGAAGAUAGCCCGGGACCUGUUCCUGGAGAUCUCCGACUGCCGCCGAAUCCAGGAUCAACAGCGACGGGCAAGGACCCUGCCUGGACGCAUCCUCGUAGUCUUUGGCGCGGGGAUGUUCGUGUACUGCCUCCUGCGGUUGUUCAAAGCCGGGGUCGCGGUUUUCUGGGCCUUCCCUUCCCCGUCCGGCAGCGGCCAGGGCGCGGUGGAUGGAGGCAUUUCUGGAGGGGAGGGGCCUGAUCCCGCGACCCGGUUGGUGAGGUUCGCGCUGAACCGCCACCUGCUCGUGGAUGAGGGAGACGCCGAGGGGUGGAGCGAGGUACUGUACGGUUUCGGCUUCGGUUUUGGAUCCACGUCGGUGUCGCUCGUCUUGACUCGUCUGUUGUCUUUCGUGCUGAUCGGCGUUCUGGUCCUCCUACAGACGAGAGGCUUUCUCGCCACAAUCACUACCGUGUCAAGAGCUUCUGUUAUCAGCGGCUUCUCGAUACCCGCGCAGGUGCUAUCGUUGCUCUGGUCCAUGCUGAUGGGCACGUACUUCACCUCGAGCGUGAUCUUGAUGCGCGUGAACCUUCCCCCGAGGCACCGGGUCGCGAUCACGGCUGUGCUUGGCGGGAUGAGGUUCAGCUUCUACCAGCGGUGGUUCGACACCGUGUUCUUGAUCUCCGGCUGCGUGACCGCCGUCACGCUCCUGGCGUUCCACCUCGCCAACCGAAACAGCGACGCGGACCACCACGAAGAGGACCACAACGGUAACACCCACCACCAACCACCACCAACAGCAACAGGAACUACAACAAGAGGUAGAGGACAGCAGGCAGAAAAUGCGUACGGAGUAGGGGAAGGGGGCGGGGGGUUCGGUGUUGUUGCUGACCCGCGCGAAGGUGGCGGGCCGAGCAGCAGCGGUGGCGGGGGCUAUUACUCGAAGGGCGGCGAACCGUCCGCGGUUCGGCCUAGAGGGAGAGGGGCAGUGGACUUGUCGGGCUGGGACUACAGAACGUCUUUUUCUUCAGCGGGCAGGGGUGGAGGCGGUGGGGUUUCCGGUGGCGAGAGGCAGGCGGGUGGUGGCCGAAGAUCGAAGCAGUCCUAGCUCUUGUCGCCAAUGCGGCGUCUGCAGGCUGGAACAUGUUUCUCGAGAACGAUUGUGUUCGCAGUACUUGGACGUUUGCUGACGUUGGGUUGGGUCUGACGGGUGGAAUGGUGUUGGUAUUGUGUGGUGUUGGUUUGAAGAGAUACACGCAACCGUCCACGGCCCAUCGGUUUGUUUCAUCGCGUUCGAUGGCGCUCGUAGUUUCUACCUUGUACCGUUCGAUCUUGCAUCGCCACGUAUCCGAAGAGUCCCUAUCGGGGUAGACGAGC